AUGGACUCCGAUGGCAAGCUGUCCACACAUUCACAGAUACUCGACUACCAGCUGAGAGGAGAGGAAUUAGAAGAUGUGUCAAUCCUGGCAUUCCUGAUCAACACGUAUGAGGAAAGAAUCAGUGCGCCAAAGCAGCAAGCAAUUUCGUCCACAUCAGAGUUGACUCUUGCAGCUCCUAGAGGGAGACCACGGAAUCCUCGCUCCUACUACCUAUCUGACCAUCCAAAACAUUCAACGCACAGGCGAGUUACACACUGUGAAGGGCAUAAUACUCUCCCCAAUAUAGUGGGGGCCUGGUUUCCUCGAAGUGAUGAUGAAGAUAUCCAUGAAUACUACUGUGCAUCGAUGCUCUCCUUGUUGAAACCUUGGCGACAGUUGGCUCAGCUGAAAAACGAGCAAGAAACAUGGAAGGAAGCAUUCUCAGCCUUCAUAACGACUUCCAGCGUGUGGGAACGAGAUGUCAUCGCUGGUGCUCAGUAUUAUUAUGAGUGCAAGACAGCUGCCGAACGACAAUCG